AUGGAGGCUCGUUUGUCAGCCCUGCAUGUCAUAGGCUUUUAUGCAGUAGCACGUAUCGGACCCGAGCGAGCGAUUCGGUCGGAUAACAACAAUGCGAAUUUGUCCACCAAGCCGCCGCAUGCUGUUGUCAAUACGUCGUGCAAGUUUGCUUUGACUCUAUCGACUGUUUUUACUGGAGCUCUUCGUGCGAGUGGGCGAUGCGGUUGA